UAAUCGCUGAAAAAGGGAAAGAUUUCAAAUACUUCAGUGGUGUCGGGUUGCCAAAAAGCGUUGGUUUAAAAAAAGAAAGCAAGGUUGAGUAAUUUUCUAGUGUAUUCACGUUUUAUCCAGAGCAGUGGAUGUUCCCGCGUUGAUCUGUAGGAUGGACGACCACAAAGGAAAGGUUUUUCUAAUCACCGGUGCCAGCUCUGGUAUUGGGGAGGGCAUUGCCGUCCUUCUCGCAAGGUGCGGAGCAAGUUUAUCAUUGACGGGAAGAAAUGAGGUCAACUUAGAGACUGUAAAGGAAAAAUGUCUGAAGGAGGGUUUAUCACCGGAGAAAAUACUGUUUUCCGUGGGUGACAUUACAUCCAGAGAUUAUAGAAGGUCAUUAGUGGAUCAAACAAUAAAACAGUUUGGAAAACUAGAUGUUCUGGUAAAUAAUGCGGGAAUGGCAAAGUCCAUGGAUAUAUCAAUAGAAACAGAAGAAAACUUUGAUGAAAUUAUGAACGUCAACAUAAAGUCGGCAUACUUCCUUACCCAGCUGGCUAUACCACAUCUGAAGGCGACGAAGGGCUGCAUCAUCAACAAUUCAAGUGUACUUUCAACCACUGUCUUCUGGAUAUCUGGAAAUUGUUCCUACUGUAUGUCCAAAGCAGCAAUGGAUGCAUUCACCAGAAAUUUAGCUAUUGAAUUAGCACCCUUUGGAAUUCGGGCAAAUAGCGUGAGACCAGGAAUAACAAGAAGUAACCUCGCGAGACAUAAUAUAACAGACGAAGAAUUACUUAAUAAGUUGAUGGCAACAUCUGAACAAGAAAAUCCUUCUGGACGGAAUGGUGAGCCGGAAGAUGUUGCCAAUGCUGUCUCAUUCUUGGCCUCUGACAAAUCAUCAUAUAUAACUGGACAGGACAUUGUAAUUGAUGGCGGACGUUUUAUCCGAUAUUAGUUACAUAGCUUUCACAAUAUUAUGCCAUGAAUGCUCCAACUGAAUUCUACUUAUGAUAGAUAAUACACAGACUAUUCUUUUUAUAGCACUGAAUUUGCACAAUUGAAAUUCGUGUAUACAAUAAUUGAUUGAUUCAGCUCAGAUAUAUACUGGUAUGCACA